AUGGCCCUUGGCAGUGCAGUUAACCGUGAUCCAGCCUGGCCGCCAGGUACCGCUCGAAUUGAAAAUUUACAGAGUACUGAUUAUGCGCACACCUAUGGCGAGAUAAUCCUACAGCCUCGUCCCUCAUCGGACCCAAAUGAUCCUUUAAACUGGCCUUUAUGGCGCAAGCAUCUCAAUUUCUUCCUGGCAUCUUUUUAUUCAUUCAUGGUCUGGGCGCUAAUUGACGCCGCUACACCAACCUGGACAGAUAUGAACAUCCAACUCGGCUUUAGCUUCGAGAUACUCGACGACUCAUAUGCAGCCGGAUGUGGAAGCUUAUGUAUCGGGGCAUUUUUCAUGAUUCCCUUUGCCCUGGCAUUGGGACGACGUCCUGUCUAUCUGGUCAGCACCGCGGCGCAGCUCGCCAUCUGCAUAUGGUCGGCAAAAAUGCAAACAGUUGUCGAUCUUAUGAUGGUCAACAUUUUGAGCUGCUUUUUUGGCGCGCUAUCCGAAGUCAUUGUCCAGAUGACUGUUGCAGAUAUCUAUUUUGUUCACCAACGUGGGUUGAUAAAUAGUGUCUACGUCUGGUUCAUGUACAGCGGUGCUAAUUUGGCGCCAUUGGCGGCGGGCUAUAUCACUAUUGCUCAAGGGUGGCGGAUGGUCUGGUGGUGGAUGGCCAUAUUUUUUGGUGUCUGCUUUGUUGCUUUCGCUUUCUUCUACGAGGAAAGCUUGUACAAGAUAUCUGCUGGAGUGGUCGAUGGUAACCCAACAUCCGAGAGAGAUUUCGAGACAUCAGGGACAUAUGCAGCAGCCAAGGACGAUGAGAAAGUUGACAAGGCUGGAGAUUAUUUGACACUAACUGGCUCCAACUCCCAUACAGCGUUACCACAGAUCGACAUUUCUAUCCCUAAGAAAACAUACCUACAGCGUCUGGUGCCGUUCACCAGACCCCAGGGCUCACUACACCAUUUUCUUCGGCAUAGCUACCAGCCUUUCUUCAUUCUGUUCACCAUCCCAUCCGUCUUUUUCAUGGCCCUCAUAUACGGUGCUAUGACAGCAUGUUCAACAAUCAUGAUCACCACUUUGUCAUCAUAUAUGGCUUUGCCACCAUACAACUUCAAUUCAUCCCAGAUAGGUCUCAUGAGCCUCCCUCCAUUCAUUGGGACAAGCCUGGGAGUCCUUAUAACGGGCCCACUGAGUGACUGGAUUAUCCUCUUCCUCGCAAGACGAAACAAAGGCAUCUAUGAGCCGGAGAUGCGCCUCUGGGUCAUUGCCGGCUUCAUUCCUCUUGUCCCGGCAGGGAUACUGAUGUUUGGCCUAGGCUUGAGCAGGGGCGCUCCGUGGCCGGUCUUGGCCGUAGGAUUUGCACUUUGUGCAUUCGGAAAUGCGCCCGCCAGCAGUGUUUCCUUAACCUAUAUCACUGAUGCUUAUGGAGAGAUCGUUGCCGACUCACUGAUUGGAGUCAGUUUCAUCCGCAAUCUUUUUGCAACUGCUUUGGUAUUUUCUCUUACACCGUGGAUCGAGGAAGUUGGCCUGGAAAACGUGUUUGUGACAAUUGCAGAUUUGAUGACUGCCAUUCUGCUUGGCACCUUCGGGUUUAUCGUUUACGGGAAACGACUGCGACAUGUAAUGGCUGAUAGAUACCAGUACUAUGCUGAGAGACAGCUGGACUUAAGACAUUGA